AUGGCACCACCAUCUCAGCUCCAGAUCGCGCUUUCGGCUCUUCAACGCCUAGUCAAAGAAGAAGCAUCAUACUACAAGGAGAUGAACCAACAGAAGUCUCGAAUUGCUAAGCUGGAGGCCACAAACGGAGACGCUACGGACGGAGAUGGCAAUGAAGAGUAUCAGCUGAAGCAAGAGAAGAAAGCCCUCGAGGAGACCAAAGCUGUCAUCCCAGGACUCAGGGAGAAGAUCACGAACGCUCGUGAAAAGACCGAGACUUUGUUGGAUUCAGCUGCUUCCGAGGAAGAGAAGCAAAAGGCCAUCGACGUACUCCGCGAAGCCAAAGAAUUGCAAAAGGACGAUCCAGUCAGCUAG